CCCAUGGCGCCGGACACCAAGGAGCGGUGGAAGAAGGAGGUCGGCUGGUUGCUGUCCGUCACGGACCACAUCGUCGAGUUUGUCCCGACAAGACAGACCGCCGAGAACGGUACUACCAUGGAGAUCAUGUCGACAGCGCAGCGUCGCGACCUGCAGAUAAACAUCCCCGCUCUGCGCAAGCUGGACGCCAUGCUCAUUGUAAGCGCUAUUACCUUAUUAGAUUUAGCUAGGCAUCUUCAACGGCAACCUGCAAAAAACCUCCCUCAUUCAUCUAUAGACAGGGAAGGGGAGCCUUGGCGCAGUGGUAAAGCUGCUGCCUUGUGACCAUGAGGUCAUGGUUUCAAGUCCUGUAAACAGCCUCUUACAGAAAUGUAGGGAAAGGCUGCGUACUAUAGACCCAAAGUGGUCGGACCCUUCCCUGGACCCUGCGCAAGCGGGAGCUACAUGCACCAGGUUGCCCUUUUUUAUUCAUCUAUAGACAGGGAAUCAGUCUGCGGACACGGACCAACGGCACGAAAUUCAAUCAAAAAGAUGAAUUUUGAUAUAAACACGGCAUAUUUCAUUGAAAGUAGGAUAUUUGUACAUAAAUUCGGCCCAGUGAACUAAAAACCUAAAACUAAGACCCUAAACUAUCCUAUGCUUCACAGUGACCUCAUAGCCAAUGCCAAGCUGGCCGGCUGCUUCUCUUCCGUCAUCGUUGCCCGUCGCUGUCGAAGGAAUCAUCGUCGCGCUUGAGGCGGCGGCAGGUGGUGGUGCCGCGGAAAUGCUUCCCGGCGGUCACCUGAUGCGCACGGAUGAUCCUCUUCGCCUCCUCCUGUGCUGUGCACUGUUAGGCCGCGGCCACCAAGGACGUGGGCUGUGGGAGAGGGCGACUGUUGUUGGAGGCGUCGUCGUUGGCGGCGGCGGCGAUCUCGGUGAGGGACCAUUCCUCGCUGUACCUGCCCAUCUCCCUGUCAAGGCAGCAGAGACGGCGCUUGGCCGUCUCAGACGUCGUCACAGAGCGGUCCAGGGCCCAGAUGUAUGCCACGUCUGGAUCCGCCGCGAUGUGCGGCGGCGGGAUGUCGGAGUCCGCGAACUGGGAUCGACGGAGUCCCACCAACGCUGC